AUGAAAGGAAUUGGAAUGUCCACAAAAGAGCUGGAUAAAGUGAUGAAGUCCAUGGAUUUGGUAAAAAUCACCAAAAUAAUGGACAACUUUACUAAACAAUUCGAAAAUUUGGACGUCAUGACUUCUGUAUUUGUUUUUUUGUUUUUACUGAAGACUGUUUCUACCAAUAUGGACUCUUCUAUGGCGACAUCCACUCCACAGGAUCAAGUAUCUGCACUGAUGAUUCGUGUCGCUGAGGAAAAUGAUUUGGACGUUCUGGGACAACUUAAGGCUCCAAAGAUGAGGGGAGAUGUGGAGUUGUCUAAGGAUGAGAGUGAGACUCUGGAGGCUAGGUUAUUGGCCGUUUUUGACCCGUAG